UAUGGCCAAGAUAUUAUUAUUGUGAUUUAUGAUCCGGUUUUGUCCGCGUCUUUAUUACCGUCUCCAUUUUCUUUACUUUCUCGUUACUCUUGUACUCUGACAGAGAGACAGACUCUGUUUACUUAUCACGCACACACAGAUAGAGAGACAGAGAGAGAGAGAGAGCUGUGAAACGAAGCAAAAAAGCAAGAUUAUGGAUUGGGAAAAGCAACAAAACCAACAACAACGUCAAGAUGAAGUGAUGAAUAGCAGCAGCAACACCACCAACAACAACAACAAUGGGGUAUUUGUGAAGGUGAUGACUGACGAGCAAUUGGAGAUUCUCCGCAAGCAAAUCGCUGCUUACGCAGCCAUUUGUGACCAGCUCGUCCAAAUGCACAAAUCCCUCUCUUCUCACUCCGAUCUCACUGGAGCCAGGUUGGGAAAUCUAUAUUGUGACCCCUUAAUGACAUAUGUUGGCCACAAGAUUAGUGGCAGACAACGGUGGACUCCAACACCUGUACAACUUCAAAUUCUUGAACGUUUAUUUGACCAAGGUAAUGGGACACCAAGCAAGCAGAAGAUCAAAGACAUAACCUCUGAUUUGUCUCAACACGGCCAAAUUUCCGAGUCAAAUGUCUAUCAUUGGUUUCAGAACAGGCGUGCUAGAUCAAAAAGGAAGCAGCAUGUUGCAGCACCAAACAAUGCAGAAUCAGAAGUGGAGACAGAGGUUGAAUCACCCGAUGGAAAGAAGACAAAGUCAGAGGAUUUCGAGUCUCAACAUAACCCAGCUCCAAGGGCUGAGGAUUUGUGCUUCCAAAACCCUGAAAUAAGCUCUGGGAUGCGUUCUUUAGAUUCGAAGUCCAAUAAAGGAGAGCCUAUGUUUCCAUCAAAUGGCAGUUCAAAACCAGAAAGGAGUUUGGGACAAAUUUCUUUCUAUGAUAGCAUGCUAUCAAACCCAAUAACUCUUGUUACAUUGAGUGCAAGUACAACAAGGAUAUCAUCUUGCAUGAUGGAGAAACUUAUUAUUUUUGGAAUCGACCACUUGAUUGGAAAGAUGGAAGCGUCAGGGAGCUACAAUCCAUAUUUGCAGGAAGACGACUAUGACAUGACAAGUUGAUACUAUAAUGCAAACGAUUGUGGUUUUACGUUACUGGUCUACAUAAAAUUAUUACUAUUUGUUGAUGAAACAUAUUAAUGCAAUAUAUUAAAGAUGCGUAUAGUUUUACUACACCAAUUAAUAUAUGAGUUUGAUAAA